AUGGCAGACUCGCAUCUGAAGGGCAAGACUCUCACCGAGGAGAACACCUCCCGUCUGCUGAAGCAUUUCAGUGGUGAGGGUCCUCCGGUGAAUGAUCGUUGGGCGGCCUUGUGGGAUGCAGGCGACUUCCUUCCGUGGGACCAGGGGGCUCCCAAUCCAGCCCUUGUGGAUGUCCUGUCUGACCGGACGGACCUUGUUGGUUCUACAGCCUUUGUGGAGGACGAUAAUGGUGCUCGCCGCCGUAAGCGGGCUCUGGUGCCCGGCUGUGGGCGCGGCUAUGAUGUCCUUCUCUUGUCCAGUCUGGGUUAUGACGCCUACGGUCUUGAGGUGUCCACCAAAGCCGUCGAGGAGGCAAAUGCCUGGGCCAGCCAGCAUCUGACUGACUAUUCAAUGCGAGAUGAUGCAGUUGGCCGUGGUACGGCGAAGUUUAUUGUGGGCGACUUUUUCAGCGAUAAUUGGUUAGAGCAGGCCAAUGGCAAUGGCCGGUUCGAGUUCAUAUACGACUACACCUUCUUUUGCGCGCUUGCUCCCAGACUCCGUCCCUCAUGGGCUCGGCGCUGCUGGGAUCUCCUAUCCGAACACCCUGAAAGCAGGCUGGUCUGCGUGGAGUUUCCCACCUCCAAGAAGUUGUCCAAGGGCGGGCCGCCUUAUGCCGCGCCGUCAUCCGCUUAUCUAGCGCAUUUGGGUCAUCCGGGCAGAGAGAUCUCCUAUGAUAUCGAAGGGGAGCCGGAGUCCCUGGAAGGAGGGGAAUUCGAACCUGGAAAUGGUUUCCGGAGAAUCGCUCACUGGAAAGCAGACAGGUCUCAUCCCAUGGGCCAAGGAAUGGACUGGGUGGGUGUUUGGCAGCGUUCAAUUUAA